AAAGCGACAAGUGUUAGUAAUAGCAAACUGGAAUAGAGUUAUUUUUUUAAUUCGUAUACUUUUUGGUGGAUCCAGUGUCAACGCACUCUAAGUGAUUAUGACGUUCAAUGUUUUAAUGGAUAUUAGUGGAAAAUUAAAUAAAAAGCAUUUUGGUGUUGAAAGAUAUCAUAGCGGACCAAGUGGUUACUCUGAUUCCAGGCAUUCUUCUUAUAGAACAUCGAAAGGAGGUGGUAAAGGUCAUGGAGCCGCUUUGAGUGCUCUAGCAUUGCUUGCUUUUUUAUUUCUUCUUAACAUAAUGCAGCAAUCUUUACAAGACACUAGUACAACAACAACAACUACGGCAAUGACAGUUAUUUUACGAGAUCAAGAGCAAGCUGGAGUCAUUGAAGGCAGAUCAUAAGUUAAAAAAUUUUAGGAUAUUUAAUAUUUUUUUUAGAAUUUAUCUAGUUAUUCUGCAUAGUAUCUUCACUUUUUCAACUGUCUCGAUAUUAUUUGAUUAAAAGGGUUGCAGAUGACAAUAAACUCAAUAUAGAAAACUUUCUAGAAACAGUAAAGAAUCGAGUACUGCGAUACAGAGCCUAUAAACUUCCAUGAUAAAUUUAGAAAUGGUGUAGACACCAUUGAUUGCUUUUAUUAAUACAGUCAGGUCUCGACACUGUAAAAUUACCUGAACCUUUCUUUAAUCCUUCUCCUGGACUUGACACUGCAACCCAACUUAAAAGUACGACACUGAUAGUUGACUCAAUACUACGUAAAUUAAGUGUCAUCGUUUCUUUAAGUUGAUUUUUCUUAUUAUUACUUUUUUCAUACAUCAUAAGUACAUUUGUACGAAAGGAUACUACCUGUAUUAAAUCUAAUAAAUAAAUAAUCAAUAAUUUACGAGUCCCACGCUUUGUUCUCGUAAAAAACCAACGACGCGCCAGACCACCUGUUUUUUGGGGAUUUUCCUCUGCGCCAAGUAGAAAAACAACCUGAAUCUCAAUGGUUGCAACAAAGUGUGAACUCUCUCGGUCAGAAUAACAUACGACAGAGGGAAGAAAUAAGGCAAAAAUUUACUACAAAAAGUCAAACACAAUAUUACACUUUAAUUUAUUU